AUGGGGAUGUUUGUGGUGGGUCGCGGGGCAUUGAGGUGGAAGGCGGUGCCACAGUUAUUGACGCACGCUGGCAGAGGAGGCACCACCACCCGCGGCGUCACGGCGUGCGUGCGGGGGAUAUGGUCACUGCCGUUUGUCUACCACGUGAGCGGCGCCGUCGUCACGCAACGUCGACUUCACGCCACGUCGAGUGGCGACGGUGAAUCAACGGAGAAGGGCGCGUCGACAUCGGGGUCGUCUGACGCACCGGCAGCUUCCGCGACGGUGUCGCAUCAGGAGGCGAUGGAAAGAUUGUUGGAGGAGGUUCAAGUUGUGCUAAGCCGCCCCGUGCCGAUCGGCUCACUCUUUCGCGCCCUGUCCCCUACAAGCCGGAAGACGCUGGUAAAGAACAAAGAGCCGCUGGAGCAGUUGCUUAUGCGCUACCCAGAGCAUUUUGCGUUGUAUCAGCAGGGCAAUGUGAAGAAUAAGAUUAUUUACUGCGCUCCGCCACAUUUGGUGCCGCCUACUGCGCGGCGAAUGGUUUUUGAGGAACCUCCCGUGGUUGCGGCGGUCUCCUCGUCAUCGGCCCAAUCCAAAGAUGGGAAGGGAAUUAAUGAAAGAAUCUUGCAGCACGACCCCGUUGCAGAGAGGCAGAAGCGAAUUAACACCGUCCUGCAGUACAUCCCAAAUGAGUGGUCUGCUUUUACAGACCUCAAUAUACCGGAGGAGGUGCGGGUAAAAUGCAUGGGAAAGCCGUCUCUGAGGGCCUUCCAUUACUUUGAGAAGUAUCCGCAGUACUUUGAGGUACGGCAGCAGGGGAUUACAGAUCAUUCGUUUUACGUGCGUCGCUCUUUGGCGCUACAACGAAAGACGGAAAAGCCACCUUGA